AUGCCGCUUUACCGCCUCCUCCUCCGCUCCCUCCGCCGUUUGUCGACGCUCCAAGAUGUUGCCAUUUCACAGAGUCGUUCAUUCGCGUUCUCCUCCGCCGAAGAAGCAGCCGCAGAGCGCCGCCGCCGCAAGCGCCGCCUUCGCAUCGAGCCUCCCCUGAAUGCGAUUCGUCCUCCUCCUCAUCAAUCCGCCGCCUCCCGUGACCCCAACGCUCCACGCCUCCCGGAUUCCACCUCCGCCCUCGUCGGGCCCCGCCUUAGCCUCCACAACCGCGUCCAGUCUCUAAUCCGCGCCGGCGACCUCGACGCCGCCUCCGCCGUGGCCCGCCACUCUGUGUUCUCCGUCACCCGCCCCACCGUCUUCACCUGCAACGCCAUCAUUGCCUCCAUGUACCGUGCCAAGAGGUACCAAGAAGCCAUCGCUCUCUUUCACUUUUUCUUCAACCAGUCAAAUAUUGUUCCCAAUAUCGUUUCCUACAAUAACCUAAUCAACACCCACUGUGAUGAGGGGAAUGUUGACGUGGCAAUCCAAAUCUAUCGCCAUGUCAUUGCCAAUGCCCCUUUCAGCCCUUCCCCCGUGUCCUAUCGCCAUCUCACUAAGGGUCUCAUCGACGCCGGCCGCAUUGCCGAGGCCGUCGAUCUCUUGCGUGAGAUGCUGACUAAAGGCCACGGUGCCGACUCUCUGGUGUACAAUAAUCUGAUUUCUGGUUUCCUUAACUUGGGGAAUCUUGACAAGGCCAAUGAACUAUUUGAUGAGUUGAAAGAGAGGUGUUUGGUGUAUGAUGGGGUUGUCAAUGCUACUUACAUGGAGUGGUACUUCAAGCAGGGUAGAGAUAAGGAGGCAAUGGAGUCUUAUAAAUCCUUAUUGGAUCGCGAGUUUAGAAUGACGCCUGCUACCUGCAAUGUCUUGUUGGAGGUCUUGUUCAAGUACAGCAAGAGUACGGAGGCUUGGUCUUUGUUUCAUCAGAUGUUGGAUAAUCAUACUCCUCCGAAUUUUCAAGCUGUGAACUCGGAUACCUUCAAUAUAAUGGUCAACCAGUGUUUUAAGCUGGGGAAAUUUGGAGAAGCACUUGCCACUUUUAAGAAGGUUGGGACCAGGGCAAAUUCGAAGCCUUUUGCUAUGGACGUUGCAGGAUACAAUAAUAUUAUUGCUAGGUUUUGUGAGAAUGGAAUGCUAUCUGAAGCGGAAACACUAUUUGAAGAGCUGUGCUCGAAAUCUUUGAGCCCUGAUGUGCCAACUCAUAGGACUUUGAUUGAGGCAUACUUGAAGAUGGAGAGGAUUGAUGAUGCUUUGAGGGUGUUCCAAAGAAUGGUGGAUGCCGGUCUAAGGGUGAUUGCAAGCUUUGGUAAUAGGGUGUUUGAUGAAUUGAUUAAGAAUGGGAAAGCUAUUGACUGUGCUCAAAUUUUGAGUAAGAUGGGAGAAAAAGACCCCAAACCUGAUCCUACUUGCUAUGAGGUUGUGAUCAAGGGUCUAUGCAGUAAUGGUUUGCUGGAUAAAAGCCAAGAGUUGCUUAAUGAGGUUAUAAGGUAUGGCAUCGGCCUUACUUCUCCCUUGCAGACAUAUUUGUUGGAGACUUUCCAGAAGGCUGGGAGGGAGGAGGAGAUUUCGAGACUGCUAAACAUGAACAGAUUUGGAUACCGUCCACCAACACCACCACCAAGAUCCCCGCCUCAAACGGCAGGAGGGCAUAGUCCGCCUUCUGGCCCUCCACCACAAAUAGCAGGACAUCAACCUUAUGGAUCACCAUACGGACAUCGGCAAAUGGCGGGGAAUUAUCCACCUUCUUAAGGAGGACAAUAUCAGCCUGUGUCAGAGUCAGGAGCAACUCCUCAGAUUUCCAGAUCUACUCCUCCAUCAUAUGGAGCUGCAAAUCAAAUGUCGCCCCACCACUAUACAGCCCCUGGACCAUAUUCGCAGACAAUUGAACCUCAUCGUCCAUCAUCAGGAGCCCCUUCUCACAUUCUAGAAGUCAUGAACAAGUAGCUGCUUGAUUUUUGGAGUUCAAGUAAAUUCUUAGUUAUCCUGGUUCUCUUUUGAAUUGAAAGAAGAGGUGAUUUAUCAUUACAGUAUCUUUUUGUGUCUAUUGAUGCUGAAUUAUGGUCUUCAGAAUUACUAGGCAUUCGUGAGAUUAUAGAUGAUGAUAGAAGGAUCUAUUUUGAUAUAUUAGUCCAUGAUAAUUCAUGGGAUAUGGGCAUGUUUUAAUUUAUUCUUGUAGCUCAAACCUUUUUUAAUGUCUGGCAUAUAUUUAUAUGUUGUAUUGCUACUGAUGUUAU